AUGAGCCUCGGCCUCGUGCACCGGGGCCCCCCCGCCGCCCUCCAGGUCGCGUCUCGGCCGUGCCUCGCGCUGAUCCACGGCCGCCAUGGCUUCCGCCGUGACCGCGGCAUCGUCACCGCCGCCUCGUCGCCCUCGUCGGCGCCUCCCCGCCGGCCUCGGCAGCAGCAGCGUCGCGCCAUCCACUCGUCCGACAAGAAGGCGUCCACCGUCACCGAGUACCCCGGCGCCGGCGGCGCGCUGCCGCCCGUCCAGCCCAACCUCGAGCCCUCGCGCGCGCCGCUGUCGGUCCUGCCGCUGAGCAUGAUCCUGCGCUCGCUCGCCACCACCGUCGUCUCGUCGUCGCCCGUGCUGCUGCCGCCCUCGCUGCGCAUCAUGGUCGCCCUCGCCCACAGCACGAGCCCGCUGCUCAACCCGGACCGCAACCCGCUCCUGCGCUUCUUCCUCAAAAAGUCCUUUUACGCCCAGUUCUGCGCCGGCGAGAACGGCGUCGAGGUCGGCGACACCAUCCGCCGCCUCAAGGACAUUGGCUUCACCGGCGUCAUCCUCGGCUACGCCAAGGAGGUCGUCCUCACCGACGAGCAGGCCGGCCGCCUCGACGGCGCCAAGCCCGGCGAGGAGACGCGGUCCGUCAUCGACAACGAGAUUGUGCCCUGGGCCGAGGGCACGCUCGAGACCGUCCGCCUCGCCGAGAAGGGUGACUUUGUCGCGCUCAAGUUCACCGGCGCCGGCCGCCUCGCCCUCCACCGCCUGUCCCGCGGCCUGCCGCCGACGGCGUACCUCGCGAGCUCCAUCGACGCCAUCUGCCAGCUCGCCCACCGGCGGGGCGUCCGCCUGCUCUUCGACGCCGAGCAGGACGCGCUGCAGGACGGCAUCGACGACUGGACCAUGCGCUACGCCCGCGCCUACAACACGACGGCCGGCCGCGCCACCAUCUACGGCACCUACCAGGCCUACAAGAAGCGCACGCCCGCCGUGCUCUCGCGCCACCUCGCCGAGGCCGCUGCCGGCGACUUCACCCUCGGCGUCAAGCUCGUCCGCGGCGCCUACCUCGGCUCCGACCCGCGCGGCUGCUUCUUCGACACAAAGGCCGACACCGACGCCUGCUACGACGGCAGCGCCGCGAGCGUGCUGACGCGCCAGUGGAACGCGACGCUCAAGGGCGAGGCCGACUUCCCGCACGCGAGCCUCGUGCUCGCCACCCACAACGCCGAGUCGGUGCGCCGGGCCCGCGCCAUCUGCGACGCCGGCGGCGCCAAGGCCGAGAUCGCCUUUGCCCAGCUCCAGGGCAUGGCCGACGAGAUCAGCUGCGAGCUCGUCGAGGCGAGCCAGUCGGCCCGUGCCGAGGGCGUGCCGGCGGCGACGCUGCCCGUCUACAAGUACCUCGUUUGGGGGACGACGGGCGAGUGCAUGAAGUACCUCCUGCGCCGGGCCCAGGAGAACAAGGACGCCGUGCAGCGGACCCGAAGCGGUCGCGACGCCAUGUGGGCCGAGGUGGUGCGACGCUUCAAGAACGCCAUCCGCAUGGCGUGA